UACUUCAACUGUGUUCGAGAGUAGAUAUUGCCUAGUUUCACAGUAAUUAUUUUGUUUUUCACUAUUUUCGAAAUGGAAGAAGUUCCCGUGCACGCUAAAAGCUAUCCCACUAAUUUGUUGAACAAAGACUGGACCAAGCGAAAGCUAUUUGAAAAUAGCGGUCAAGCCUUCGUUGAUAAGGUGCACGAUAUGGAGGUGAAAGACGAUGAUGUUUGGCUGGUGACGCUGCCAAAAUGUGGCACAACUUGGAUGCAAGAAUUGUUGUGGUUGGUGUUGAAUGAUUUUGACUUUGAGACGGCACGCAAUGAGCAUUUGGAAGUGAGAACGCCGUUUUUGGAAUUUGAUUAUAUCUUACACCACGACUUAAAUCACGCUCUUGCACCAGUGGAAGCGCUUAAAUCACCGCGUCUUAUAAAAACACACAUGCCAUUGCCGCUGCUACCCCAACAACUGUGGAACAAAAAACCUAAGGUCGUUUAUGUUUAUCGCAAUCCAAAAGACUAUAUUGUUUCUUGUUUCUAUCACUUACGCAGCCUUGGCGUCAAUAUGGAUAGUACGCUGGAGAAAUUUACCCUAGAAUACACCGAGGAAGAUAAAACGGUUCCAACUGAUGAUUUUGAGCAUGUAACUGAAUUUUAUGAAUUGCGGAAUGAACCUUGGAUAUACUACACUAGUUUUGAGUGCAUGAAAGAGGAUUUGCGAACGGUUAUAGAAGAGAUUUGCAAGUUUCUAGGCAAAAAUAUAAGCGAAGAACAAAUGGAGCAAAUGUUGCAACAUUUGUCAUUCGAGGAAAUGAAAAAGAACCCCAAAGUGAAUCAUUGUUGGGAGUUUGAACAAUUGCGUGCCAAAUAUAAAAAUAAACAUGAAGAUCACAACUUUAUACGUCGCGGCCAGGCAGGUGGCUAUAAAGACGAAUUAUCUGCGGAUGUUAUAGGCAAAAUGGAUGCUUGGAUACAACGUAAUCUCGAACAUUAUAAACUGAGCUUAAAUGAAUUGCUUUUGCUUAAUGUUAAUGCCGCAUUGUGAAUAAAAUAUAUGAAAAAAUUAAAGGUUU